AGCACAUCAACCGGAAUCCAGAAAGAACGCACUUCAUUUAAUCCUACAACCUGUGGGUUAUACGUCUUGACUUGACAUCGAAUCCUAGAGAUGGACUUGGACAACAAAUUAGACCUGGAAGGCAUCCACGUUGACGAUGUCGGGGCAGAAUACACUCCCGUCAUUUACAGCACUGCCGAAGAGCAGAAAGUAGUUCGGAAGUGCGAUCUACGCGUCGUACCAGUCCUCAUGGUUCUCUAUCUCCUUGCCUUUCUGGACCGCAUUAACAUUGGUAAUGCACGCCUGCAAGGGCUCGAGCAUGAUCUGGAUAUGAAGGGAGAGCAAUAUAACUACGCGCUCUUUAUAUUUUUCAUUCCUUAUAUUCUCUGCGAGGUUCCGUGUAACCUUAUUAUGAAGAAGUUGGCGCCAUCCACUUGGAUCAGUGGGAUUAUGGUGGCUUGGGGCUGCGUGACCAUUGGCCAGGGGUUCGUCCAAAGCUGGUCUGCCUUGAUGGCCUGCCGCUUUUUGCUUGGAUUAUUUGAAGGUGGAUUUCUGCCUGGCUGCGUCUACCUAAUCUCGAUGUACUACAAACGAUUCGAGCUUCAGUGGCGGGUGACUCUCUUUUUCACUGCCAGUAUUCUAUCCGGUGCAAUAAGUGGGCUACUCGCAUAUGGAUUGUCCUAUAUGGAGGGAGUUUGCGGGUACUCCUCCUGGCGGUGGAUAUUUAUUCUCGAAGGCAUCGCGACCGUCGUUAUUGCGCUCGUGGCAAAAUUCCUGAUUGUGGAUUGGCCUGAGACUGCUCAUUUUUUGCGUGCAAGAGAGCGAACGAUUCUUCUUUCACGGCUGCGAUCCGACACGCAAUCGUUCCCCAUGGAUCGCCUGGACCGGACGGCCAUAGGGAGAAUACUGAAAGAUAAAAAGAUUUACCUGGGUACGGUCAUGUAUCUAGGUGCGUUAACUACGGGAUAUACAUCUUCAUUUUUCAUUCCAACAAUCAUUAAAGGCAUGGGAUGGGAGUCUUUGAUGGCCCAAGUGAUGAGCAUCCCGAUCUAUAUAGCGGCGGCAAUCAUGACACUUUGCACAUCCCUCCUCAGCGAUAAACUGAAGCAUCGUUUCGGUUUCGUUCUUUUAGGAUGCUGCAUAUCUACAGUAGGUUAUAUCAUCUUACUUGCACAGCAGUCAGUUGCCGCUGGUGUGAGAUACUUUGCGCUGUUCGCUGUCACUGGAGGGGGCUUCAUUGCUCAACCUGUCCUUAUAGGAUGGUUGAGUAACAAUAUGAGUGGGCAUUACAAGCAGGCCGUGGCGUCUGCAUUCCAAAUUGGAUUUGGAAACUGUGGUGGCAUUGUUGCUAGCAAUAUCUUUCUGUCUUCUGAGGCGCCGUCCUAUCCUACGGGCUAUGGUACGAGUCUGGGAUUGAUUUGGUUGUGCGUUGUAGCAUCUGUCAUAUUCUUCUUGCUUCUCUGGCGAGAGAAUAGGCGGCGGGAUCAGGGGGCGCGAGACGAUCGGAUGGCGCUUGAUCCAGAUGAAGUGCAGAAUCUGGGUGAUGACCAUCCUGGAUUCCGGUUCACAUACUAGUUGACGGGAUAGAGUUGCAACAGCAAACCAGGUUCAGAAACUGAUAGAUUGAAUCCAUGCUUGUCCCCAGUCACAAUUACAUAUGAUGAAAAAGAUGCUUCACAGUACUUUGAAUAUACAGAUACCAAUGCUAUCAUCCUGGCCUCACAGUAGACCUCCCAACGGGUAUCCGUACUCGAUGACAUCCGUACUAGACUGGGGCAUAAGAAGGUCG